AUGAGGUCCUUUGGAUUCGCCCUCGCUGCCCUCUCCUCGGCUACCGCCGUCGCCGGCCAUGCCACCUUCCAGCAGCUUUGGAUCAACGGCGAGGACCACGAGUCGUCCUGUAUCCGCAUGCCUGCCAGCAACAGCCCCGUGACCGACGUCACUUCCAACGACAUCCGCUGCAACGCUAACCCGAGCGCGGCCGCCAAUGUCUGCGAAGCCAUCGAUCGCCGUCGAAAUGCACGAGCACAACAUUCGCGACUGCGACACCCCGCCAUCGGCGGCAACCACUUUGGCCCCGUCAUGGUCUAUCUCAGCAAGGUGGACGACGCGGCGACGGCCGACGGCUCAUCCCAGUUCUUCAAGAUUGGAGAGUUUGGAUACGACGCCUCGACGCAGAAGUGGGGCACCGACAUCCUCAACGACAACUGCGGCCAGUUCGAGGUGAACCUGCCUUCCGAUAUUCCCGACGGCGAUUACCUCCUCAGGGCUGAGGCUAUUGCCCUUCAUGCUGCUGGCCAGGAGGGAGGUGCCCAGUUCUACAUGUCUUGCUACCAACUCAGAGUCUCCGGAGGCGGUGGCUCCACCCCGGCGGGUGUGAGCUUCCCCGGCGCGUACUCGGCCAGCGACCCCGGCAUCAAGAUUGACAUCUACGGCUCGGACCUUGGCACCUAUGAGAUUCCCGGACCUGCUGUGGUGGCGUAA